UUCCGCAGAAUUCCGCUUUUUUGACCCACCCGCUUCCGUCUUCCGCUUUUUAAAAUUGAAAAUUAUCCAUCCCUUUUAUACAUACUUCUCAAAACUUUAUCUUUCCCCCUUCUGCCUUUUAUUUAACAACAACAAAAACCCCUAUUUAAUAAUCAAAAACAAUUAACUUUAUCAAAUUUUCUUUAGUAUAUUUAGAAAAGAAUAUAUUAAUUUAAGUUAAAAAUAAAUAUUAUGGAAAAUCUAAGUUCUAUUUUAAUUAAUAAAAGUAAGGAAAUUGAAGAAGAAGAUGAAGUUGGGGAUAAAAUGACGGUUUUUGAAGAAUAUUUUUAUUUGGUUAAUGGAUUAAUUGGAACUUUUUUAAAUUUAAUUGUUUUAUUAAUUGCUUAUUUAAAUGUUAAUAUUAAUGAUAAACCUAGACAGAUAAUUGUUAUAAAUAUGACUUUGGCUGAUUUAUUAACUUAUGUAAGUAUUUUCCCUCAAUUUAUUUGUUAUCCUUAUUAUGUUUUAAUUGUUACUUCACAAUUAUGUAGUUGUUUAAAUCUUUUAUGGAUUAAUUUGGAUAAAUUUUUAUUUAUUAAAUUUCCAUUACAUUAUUAUACUUUGGUUAGCAAAAGGAGAGUUAUUUGGGUAAUGAUUGGAAGUUGGGCAUUAAUUUUUGGAUUUGUUAUUUUUUUAUAUUGGUUUAUGGAAAUUAAGCAUCCAUGUGAAAAAGUAAUUUUAUCUGGACAUAUUUAUUUAUUAAUUUGUUUACUUUAUAUUAUUUCAAUAAUUGCUUCUUUAACACUUUCUGCCAUUAUAUUUUAUAUUGCACAAAAAUCAAGACGUUCUUUAGAUUCUUCAAAAGAAUCAAAGGUAAAAAUGAAAUAUUUUUAA